AUGUCCAAGGGCACAUUUUUGGAGUUGGUCGCCGCUCUCCGUCCAACGCUUCAGCGAAAGACAACAACCUUCCGCUCCCCGAUUUCUGUUGAGCGCAGAGUAGCUGUUGCGAUCUGGUGGCUUGCAAGCGGCACGAGUUACCAGGUCACCAGUGACUUGUUCGGACUUGGCAAGUCAACUGUUGCCUCGGCAGUUGUAGAAUUCUGCCUUGCCGUCGAGCUCCACCUGCUUUCCCGAACGGUUCUCUUUGGAGACUCUAUUACCCAGAUAAUGGAUGGCUUCAGGAGGAUGGGGUUUCCUCACUGCGUGGGAGCAGUCGACGGGACACAUAUCGCCAUUUGUGCCCCUGGUGGCCAUCCAGAGCAGUAUGGCAACAGGAAAAACUUCUCCUCGAUACUGCUCCAGGGGACUGUGGACCACAGAGGAAGGUUUGUGGACGCCGAGGUGGGGUGGAGUGGCAAAAACCAUGAUGCGUUUGUUUUUGCCCACUCCGCCCUGUGUUCUGCGAUGGACUCUGGCGCACUGAUCCCCGAUAACCACGACAUGGUUUUGGAUGGGAUUAGAAUUCCACCUGUGAUUUUGGCUGACGGUGCAUAUCCCAUGCGCAGAUGGCUCAUGAAGCCAUACGGCCGAACCGCAACAACGACCGCACAGCGGAAUUUUGAUCGGCAACUUGCUCGCUGUAGGAACGUGGUGGAAAGGAGCUUCGGUAGAUUGAAAUCCAGGUGGAGGUGUCUCUCACACAGGCUGCAGAUUAGAGAGCAAAAUGUCAUCUCAGUUGUGACUGCAUGUGUGGUGCUCCACAAUUUGUGCGAGAGCAAAGGUCACCCGAUAGUGGGUGGCGGUGAAUGCCCCUCACCGGUGCUGCUGUCCCAACAGGAGGAGCAAGAUUACAAUGGCAACACCGGGUACCUUGCGGAGGGCAAGAUGGUCCGCGAUGCCCUUGCCAGACAUAUCUUGGGAAGGAUGGACUCACUCUGA